AUGGGUGGUCCCAAGUUUCCUGUUGCCAUGUCUCAACACCUCAAUCGCUUCUUCAACCCAGUCCAGCCUGUCGGACCUAACCAGAUCAUAACGUCUUCCGCUCUGACAGCAAUCCAUGAAAUGCUGGGCAAUGCUCUCGGAGAGCCCGGAGACGGGAUCUUGGUCGCUAGGCCUAUUUAUGGGCGAUUUGAGCUGGACUUUGGCAAUACUAAUAGUCUUCGCAUCGUUUACGCCGACUCCUCUGAGAUUGAUCCUUUUUCUUCAGAAAUCGUACCGAGGUUGCAGACAGCACUUGAUAAUUAUGCAUCGUCGAGUAAGAUAGGUGGAGAUUCGUGA